CGUGGCCAGUCACAUUUGUGUCAGUUACCUGAAAGCAACAAGAUUAAAGGACGCUGCUGGCGGCGUCCGAUUUAAUCUACACAUAAGCAAACAAAAAUGGUGGAACAAACAAGACAGCCGAGUCGUGUCGUCUCCUUCCAGGCUGGACCUGGUGAGGUGAACACUGACGCCCUGUUUGACGUGAACCUCAGAAUAAAUGACAGAGAUGCACGGGCCUUUGGGUGCCAGUUGGCUAUAAUCGGAGAUCAGCUGGACCGGGAGUGGACCGGCAGACGGCCAAACUGGCUACCAAGUCCUCUUCACAUGCUGAGACCCGCUCAGGAACUGACCAGGAACAUAUAUCGAGAUAUCCACAGUCAGUUAUGGGGCUUCCAGGGCCUGUCUGCAGGGGUAAAGGCCUGGAUAGCGAACACUGCACCUGGGAAAGGGAUCCUCAGAGCGGACACCUGGGCAACCUGGGUGUCAAGUUUGAAACCAGUAACCUGCACUGGCUGGACCAGAGGAGCACUGGUGACUGUGGCACUGGUGGCUGCAGUGACCAUUUUCGGUGCACUAUGGGUGGAAGGGAAAGCUUAAAAAAAAAAAAAAAAAAAAGGGCCAUAAGCAGGUCUUUUAGGCCAUUAUAUAUUUGACCCAAAAAUGUUUGCAAAUUAAUGACAAUUAUUUCUAUAGCUGUUUUUUUCUCCAGUUUACUUUGAGUUUCUCUUUUUAUACAAAUUGAAUUUGAUGCUUUAUGAACGUAUAUAAGAUUUAAAAAAAAUUAUAAUACUGUCAAAUUUGUCAGGACAUGUAGACAAUAGUUUAAAUGGGUUUUACAGUGUUGCCCAAAGGAGGUCGGCCAGCGUAUUGUAGCAGUGACGUGUUGGUUCACAGUUGUAUUAAAUGUCAAAAAGCAUGUUUCCCAUGACUGGACUGUUGCUGGCCUGCAGUCUUUUGUAUCGAGAUUAGUUUCUUACUGGUUUAAGAGGCCCACAUUUAUACAAAUAUGCAGCCUGGGUGAAUAUAAAAAGAAGGGAGCUGGACUUUCUGUUUCAGAUUGGAAUCUUUUUUUCAUGUGACGCAAAUAAACUUCUAAAAAAAUGACAUUU